AUGUCUGAUGUUGGCGCCAAAGCUUUGUCUGGCGAAUGGGAAAGAAUUUCAAAUAGACUCCUUGAAAUGAAGGAGGACAUGAUAAUGUCAUUCGAAGGCCGACCUUGCAAUAUUGUGGACACGGAGAAUAACCUUGUCGAGCAUCUCAAGGUCUCCAAGUCCGAGGAGGUUGAAAAAGUUGAAUCCUUCUUUAAUCCCCAUCCUGACUCAACUUUGUCUGGUAGAAUCCAACGCAACCAAGUUUGUGAUGAGUCCACAGAAGUGGUUACAAAGAUGGAAAAGCUGGAGCCUAUAGCUUUUACGAAAGAGAUGGAUGAAUCAGCCGGCAACUUAGGCCCUCGAACAGAGCAGUCCGCCCUGGGCUCUUUGUACUAUCUUAUCAACUACGGCUUCGAGCUUUAUGGAGAUCGAUGUAUUGAUCCUGAUAAUCCUAGGGAGCAUGGCUUCAAGAUGGCCAGUUUACUGCAGAGUAUGAUAUUCCCCGAACUCAAAGGAGAUCCUUUUAUUGACGAUAUUAUCCACAAAUGUUGGCAUAACAAGUAUCGCAAGGUUGCCGAUUUGGCUGAACACACUGAGGCUCUCCUUGUCAAGGAAUCUAGUGCUGCAAAAGACACUGAAGCUGGCUCAUCUGAGGACGUUACUUGGAAAAAGGUCCUGUGUCAGGAUCUAGAAAACUGUGGGCUUCUGGAGUUCCUUUGUUCUGACGAGCCGGUUAAACUUUGCUUCCCUCUCGGUUGGUAUAUAUACAGCGAGACGGCUGAUGGUCCAUCUGAGGUAGAAGUCUGGUUCACUUUUCGGUUUCUCUAG